GAUCACGACUCGCAAGGUCGUUCCUUCCUCUUGCCAGGUCUAGUCAAAAUGGCGACAUGUCGCAUGAGUUGUGGUGUAUUUUAGUUGAAUCUAUCUCAGUCUCCAAGGGCAUUUUAACCACCACUUCGCCCCCGUUUACCCUGUUCACGUGAACGAUGUUGCGGGUACUGAAAUAUGCCCCGUUUGUGUGCGAAUAUGUCGCGAAACCGGCUUUUUCUGCGCUGCUGCCGGUGCAUGGCGGCGCCUGCCUUUCCGUCGCUGCUCGACCUUUAACAAGCUGCCGCAUUUCACACGGUCGUGGACAUGAAGCAUUGGGGGAAAGCUUUGCUGUACAGGCAGUGAGGCACUACGCACGCCCUUCGAGAAGGAAGAAAGCCCCCCCCAGCCAGCUCGACGACCUCUCCCCAGCCACGCUGAAGAAGGAUUACGCAGAAGUGCCUCUCCUUAACACGACUGAUGAUUUGAUCAAACGGCUUCUAUCUCUGGAGCUGGGGAGUCAUAAAGACCGGCUGAAGGUCAAAGAGCAGCAGCUGGUGGAGAAGGUCCGGAGGGAUGAACACGAUCGCAGCUCCACGGAAGUGAAGGUGGCCCUCCUGACGGCGCGUAUCCGGAACUACCAGGAGCACUUGCAUAAACACCCCAAGGACAAAGCCAACAAGCGGCGCAUGCUGAUGGCGAUCGACCGGCGGAAGAAGCACCUGAAGUAUCUCCGCCGUACGCGACACGACGCCUUCGAGUUCGUGUGCCAGCAACUGGGCAUCACGUACACCCUGCCGCCGCUGUACUACAGGACACUGACCAAGCGCUGGAUGGCCAAGAAGGCCUUCUGCACGAAGGUUUUUGAAGUUAUCCAGAGGCGGAGGGCGAAGGAGAAGGAGGCGCAGGAGAAGCCCGCUGCAGCCGGCCAGGUGGUGCUGGAGGCAGAGGAGUAGGACGAGGAUGCCCGGGGCAUGGCGGCGUGGGGGUGGGGUCACCUGUACCCCUAUAUGACUCUCGGCACAACUGUGGCAGGAAGAGGACCGUACGCAUUUCUCCAUUCUCGGUCGGGGCUUUGUUGGGCCGCCGCCUGACCAGUUAAACCUCAUCUAAAGAUAUUUUGGUUUCGGUUUUGUUUUUUAUUGCGUUACAUGGCUGAUCCAGUGCUGCACUUCCCUAAUCCCAGCCACCAAAAGCUAUAUCUCUGCAAAAAGGGCUGAAAGUCCAUUUUAUCGACACAUUCUUUUGUGCUGUGAGCAGCUUGUUUCAGUACCCGAUUUGGGGUAAUGGAAGGAGAUUUCUGUCUUUAGAAUCCUUUAAAUGUUGCCAAUAAACAUUUUGUCUCUA